UGAACCUCGGACAUCCAUGAGUUCCGAGGUUACGUCACUGAAGUCCGUAGUCGAGCCACUUCUCAGUUGAGAGCUCACCAUAACCCAACUUCAAACAAACAGCAACACCUUCCCGCGAAACAAGUCAAGCGUGCCAAUUGCUCAAACAUCACCAAAAUGACAACAUAUAUUCCAUCCAUUACCAUCCCCGAGGCAGUGUUCCUCAACCCAGCCGCCUCUGUCCUCCUGCCCAUCGCGCUCGGGACAGCGGUAGGCUAUGGCAUCAGCCCAUCCGAGACCAAGAAGACGUACUUCAACAUGAAGCAGCCCCCUCUGCGUCCCCCGCCAUGGGUCUUUGGUCCCGUCUGGACCGUGCUCUACGCCACAAUGGGCUAUGCCGCUCACCGCGCCGCAAAGACUGGUCUCUCCGCUCUCGCCUCGCCUUCUACCGUCGCCACGACCCGGCACUCGCUCACCCUCUACUCCAUCCAGCUCCUUCUCAACCUGGUCUGGACACCUCUCUUCUUUGGCCUCAAGCGCCCUGCCUACGCUACCGCUGAUAUUCUGGCGUUGCUCGGCGUGAAUGGCUACCUCACCUAUCUGUGGAGCGGGAUUGAUGAGACGAGCGCGUGGUUGCAGCUGCCUUAUAUGGGAUGGAUGAGCUUUGCGACGUAUCUGUGCGUCGGCGCUGGUGUCCUUAACAACUGGGAUCUGCGGGACAAGGAGGUCAAGAGGGAGUAGUAGGGUCGUGCAACGAACGCUAUUUGGAGAAGAUGCGGUUUAUUUCGUCCGGGAGUAUUCGUCUGCCCUCUGGU